UAAUGCAACAAGAUAAAGAAAUCUCCAAAAAUUGGCUUAGAGUUGAUCCCUUUGAUACUCCAGUUUUAAAAGAUGCACCAUAACAUUAACCUGAAAGAUUUAGUCAAUAUAUUGAAUUAAAGGAUGAAAAUGAUAAUGUGAUUGGAUUUCAAGUGGAUGAAUAAUAAUAUAUAUUUGAUUUAGAGGGAGGGUAAUUUAGUCAUUUUUAAAUACUUUAGAUGGAGAGAUGAAAAUGGUUGUCAUUAUGAUAAAGAUGGAUAACCAGCUGGAUGGUUUGUCCUUCAUCCUGGUGAUAUUCAUCAUGAACAUUUUUAUGAUCAAGAGGGUAUUUAUGUACCUAGUGAUAAUGAAAAUUCUGACAAUGAAAAAGUGCUUGGUGGAGAUGCUAAAUAAAUAUAAAAAGAUGAACAAUCUUGAA